AUGGGCAACACGUCCUCGAACCCGACCUCGCCCCACGCCCGCGUCGACUCCCCCGCGCGCACCGUCUCGUCCCCCCGCGGCAGCCCCAGCCCCGCCUCCGCCUCCCGCCGCGUCCACCACUCCCUCCGCUACAAGAAGAAGUCGCUCGAGCUCCCCGAUCUGGCGUCCCUCACCCUCACCCCCGCCGCGUCCCCCGCGUCGGUCUCUCCCCAUCCCGCCCACCGGCGCCCCCGCGCGUCGUCCCCGAUCCCAAUCCCGACCCCGGCCAAUCCGCCCCAGCAGACGUUCCGCGUCCAGCACAACCUCGCCUCCGGCGCGCGUCUCAACCGCAUGGGCGAUGGCUCGCGCUAUCGCUCCUCCCUCUCCGCCUUCAACUCCACCCGCUCCCUCCUCUCUGCCAUCCAGGACUCCCCUCCCCGCUCCGACGUCGCCCCCAUCAGGCCCGAGUUCGUCCCCGAGGUGAUCUAUUCCACCAUCCCCCUCGCUCUAGAGGUCAAACCGCAGGACGAAGACCGCAAGCCGGACCAUGUCAACACCAAGAUCGCUUGGAAGGAGGGCGGCAAGAAAGUCGUCUUGAUCCGUGCAGGGCACGACAAUUGGCAGGGCCGCCAGCCGAUGGAGUACGACUCACAAACGAACUCGUGGUACACUAUCGUGCCUCUGCGCCCUGGCACCCAUCAUUUCAAGUUCAUCGUCGAUGACCAGAUCCGGCUCACGAACGACUAUCAGCGGGCGGUUGACGACAUGGACGGCACCCUAGCCAACUACGUCGCCGUCGCCGCCCCUACGGCACCCAGUUCUCCCAACCAAGGACAACUAGUCACUCCCCUCGCGAGCCCGAACCACGCACACCCCAAUCAGUUCAAUUCUUUCUGGUCAGACUCGACUGCCGCAGGAGGGACGGGCGGGAAAGGGAAGGAGGCGGAGUGGACGUCGGAGAUCCCCUCGCAGCUCACCGCUGCCGCCGCCGAAGAGGAAACGUACUUGGCGAGUGCCGACUCCCCUACCUCAUCCGCGAGCGGCGUCCCGACGCCCAACAUUCCGCCCGCGCCCGCGCUGCCCCGCCAUCUUGACAAACUCAUCCUCAACGUUCGCCCGCCGACCAUGCCUCCCAGUGCGGCCGCAGCGAACGGGGAUCGCGAUAGGAGGCGUAGCGGGCGACAACGGCGGGAGCGUGAGAGAAAGGAGAACAGGCAACAGACGAUAGGCAUGACCGCGGCUGAGCUCGCCGAGCAGGACGGCAUCGGCGUGCAACUCCCCGUCGUCACUGCAGGAGGCACCGAGGUCGCCCCGGGCACCCCAGUCCCACCCUCGUCGAUCCAGAACCGGCCCUGGGAUGGCCCUGGGAUCUCAGACGACGCAAGUGUGCUCCCUGUGCCAUCACAUGUCGUCCUUCAUCACCUCAGUACGAGCGCAAUCCGGAAUGGAGUCCUGGCAGUGGCGAACACGACGCGCUACCGCAAGAAGCGUCAUUGCUAUCAGUACAUCACGACCGUUUACUACAAGCCGACAUGA